CCGACGACCACGACCAUGACCGCUUUUUGACCUUCACAUCUCUUUCUUCAGCAAUUGUACGAUAAUUUUGACUCUUCAUAUGCUCAUAUGCUUGUGACCACCGUAACAAGCUCGCUGCGCGGUUUGAUGGAAGAAGGGGGUGCAUUGGGGUGUAAGCGCAUGUAAGCACUAGUCUCCAUUCUCCGGCGGUAGAAUGGACCAACAUGCUGGACCCUGGUAAUGGACAGAAGGGACAUUCUUCUUUGCUCAUUGUAUAAAUGUGCAUCUUAUCCUGCUAGUGCUCGUGCACAGACUGCGUCACCUUCACCCAGGUUUCAGCCACCACCGCCUCAGGCAGUGCAGAUAGAUGCUCCGCGCUGCGGCUGAACAACCCUCCGGCUCUGCUUGGGCUCUGCAUUUAUCUAUGCGCCCUUCAUUAGAGCCUUUCCGAAUUACAAACCCAUAUACAUACCUCCAAGAUGUGUACUCAUGCGCGCAGUUGCUGUUGGGUGCGUUCGUCUUGUCAGAGUUGUUGCGACGACAUUCGCCAGCUGCUCUACCGACUCUCGGUCUCCGCCCCUCCAGCAUGCAUUGUCCCCUGUCGCUGCUCUCCUACAUAGACCGGUGUCAGUAUCUCUCAUGUCGCUUCGAACCCAAGUAACUCGCAAGCUGACAGCAAGUCACUCACAUCUCGCCCCUGUCUACCAAGGUUUGGCACCCGCAGUGCUGGUCGUCCCUUUCCCAACGGGUCGCUCUCUUCACAGAACCUUUCAAAGACUUCGCAAUUGCAUUUGCCUUGUACUGGCGAGACGUGGAGAAGAUGUUACCGUAUCCGCGCUCGCCAUCUGUCAGGCGGUGGUGCGACCUCGAUGCAUGGGCCACAUGAAACGGUCCUGACGUGUACCCGCUGGCGAACAUAGCUAGUCAACCUCAAGACUUACGAGCGGUAUCAAUGAAGACCUUUUUCCUGUCACGGUGCUGUACUCUCUUUACUCACAUCGAUGACUCUUGGUGACAUCCACUGAGAUGAUAACAGCGCCUCGUUCCUGCCUCGUUGU